CCGUUCGAGACGAGUUAGAAAUAUGUAAUGGAAGUUGGUACGAUGUUGCUCAGCCAUCAGGAAAUAACGUCGAUGUUUCAGUAAAAGUAUUAUUAUUAGUUUAAUUGAUUCGGAGACGGGACGCUGUUUUUUCGUCCAUUAACACCGACAUCUCCUUGUUUAGUGGUCGGACACCAGUCUUGAUUCUAGGGGCCGUUUUGCAGCAGCGCCUUCCAACUGAAGUUAUCUGGUGGUGGUGGCUGUGGUCCACGGCGGCCUGACAGGUGGAGAUAUGAAGGACGCACUGGUUCUCGUUGAGCGGUUCACCGCCCAUCCAGACUCUCGUUGCUGGCAUGUUGCCUGGAACCCCACGGCCACUCUGAUGGCCUCCUGUGGAGGCGACAGGGCCAUCAGGAUAUGGGGGAAGGAAGGCGACUCCUGGAAGUGCUUGAGUGUGCUUCAGGAUGGGCACCAGCGCACCGUGAGGAGGGUCGCCUGGUCUCCAUGCGGGACCUAUCUCGCCUCGGCCAGCUUCGAUGCAACCACAUGCAUCUGGAAGAAGAAGAAUGAUGAUUUUGAGUGUUUGACGACUUUAGAAGGGCAUGAAAACGAAGUCAAGUGUGUGACAUGGGCACCUUCAGGAAAUCUACUGGCCACAUGUAGCCGAGACAAGAGUGUCUGGGUUUGGGAAGUUGACGAGGAGGACGAGUAUGAGUGUGUGACUGUGAUAAACUCGCACACACAAGAUGUCAAACUCGUGGUCUGGCACCCGACACUUGAGCUUCUGGCUUCAGCCAGCUACGACAACAACAUAUGUGUUUACAAGGAAGAGGACGAUGACUGGGAGUGCAAGGCUACCUUGGAGGGACACACGUCCACCGUCUGGAGUUUGACCUUUGACCCAAGCGGACAGAGGAUGGCGUCAUGUAGCGACGACCGGACCGUGAAGAUCUGGAAGUGUCAGAACAUAGAGGGACCGGGAGACAUGACUUGGAAGUGUGUGUGCACUCUGUCAGGCUUCCAUGAGCGGUCAGUGUACGAUAUUGCUUGGUGUCGUUUAACCGGUGCUCUGGUGACGGCCUGCGGUGAUGACGGAGUCCGCGUGUUUAAAGAGGACUCGACCGCGGACCCCGAACAGCCCGUGUUCUCCCUGGCGGCUCACGUCAGCAAAGCCCACAGCCAGGACGUGAACUGCGUGGCGUGGAACCCCAAGGAGGCCGGCGUCCUGGCGACCUGUAGUGACAACGGAGAGAUAGCAAUCUGGAAGUACCAGGAUGACCACGAAUAGAGGAUACAGGACUGCUUCUGUGGCAGCCUGUCUGCCCUAGUGUCAGACAUACUGCUUCUGUGGCAGCCUGUCUGCCCUAGUGUCA